GAGAAGAAACGCAGCAAACCUAUUGAACAGAGAAAGUGGACCGCUUUAUGCAAAAUGACAUAACAGAACAGUUUGUGCAGUUGUAAUAUUAUUUCCUGACACGUUACAGUCACGCGCUGCUAUCAUAAUGUCAAACGGAAGAGUGUUACUGCGUCUUAUCCGUUUGAUUUAGAGAUGAAGUCACAAAUGACUUUCGUUUUAUUAAGUCUGUGCUUGUUUGCAAUAAUUUUUGUGUUGGCAGAUUCGCGCUCAUUUUCCAUCGACUACAAGAACAACUGCUUCCAAAAGGAUGGAAAACCAUUUCAGUACAUCUCAGGAAGCAUCCACUACUCCCGCAUUCCUCGGGAAUAUUGGAAGGACAGGUUGCUCAAGAUGUACAUGACUGGACUCAAUGCUAUUCAGGUGUAUGUGCCAUGGAACUUCCAUGAGACUGUGCAGGGGGUGUUCAACUUUGCAGGAGACAGAGAUCUUGAGUACUUCUUGAACCUGGCCAAUCAGACAGGGCUGUUAGUCAUCCUGCGUCCAGGGCCGUACAUCUGUGCAGAAUGGGAAAUGGUGACUGUUACUUCCUCAUGUUGCAAAAUUUGA